AUGGCCACUCAAAGAGCCUCUUCAUCUACUUCCAAAUCUUGUUCGGAAGAAGAUGAAAAAAUAGUAACCUCUUCCACAUCACCAAGAUGGAAACAUGAUGUUUUUCUUAGUUUCUAUGGUAAAGACACUCGCAAGAAUUUUACAGAUCAUCUAUAUGUUGAUUUAAAACAGAAAGGCAUUCUCGUCUUCAAAGAUAGUGAAACACUCAAGCGAGGAGAAUUCAUUUCUAAAGAGCUUUUGAAAGCAAUUCGAGAAUCCAUAUAUGCAAUCAUCAUUAUUUCGAAAAACUAUGCAUCUUCCAAAUGGUGCCUCAUGGAACUUGCCGCGAUCGUUGAAUGGGCUAAAAAGACGGAGCUCACAAUUUUGCCCAUUUUCUAUCACGUGAAUCCUUCUGAUGUAAGAAAUCUGACAGGGUCUUUUGAAAAAGCUUUCGCUGCCCAUAAAAGCAACCUCAAGGUUGGCGUCAAGAAGAUGCAGAAAUGGAAAAAUGCUUUUCGAGAAGUCGGCAAUAUCGUCGGAUGGGCUUUACAUGACAGGUACGAAUCAGCGUUGAUCCAUGAAAUUAGUGGAAAUAUAUCUCAUAAGUUGAAUUGUAGAUUCUCACGUCAUGAUUAUGAGAAAUUUGUUGCUAUUAACUCCCGUGUAGAAGAAAUGUUGAACUUAAUUGAUAUGGAAUCGAAUGAUGUUCGCUUCAUAGGAAUUCAUGGGAUGGGUGGCGUUGGUAAAACAACUCUGGCCGAAAUAAUUUAUGAUAGAAUUUCUUGUCAGUUUGAAGGAAGUAGCUUUAUUUCUUGUAUUAGAGAAGAAUCUAGAGUUCGUGGUCUAGCUUCUUUACAAAAAAAACUUCUUUCUAUGAUCAUGCAAGAAGAAAUACAUAUAUGGGAUCAUCACCAGGGAAUCAAGGUGAUAAGGAGCAUGCUGCGUAAUAAAAAGGUUUUUAUAGUCCUUGAUGAUGUGGAUAGUGAAAAACAAUUAAUGGCACUAUCAGGGAGUCAUGAUUGGUUUGGUCCAGGGAGUAGGGUGAUUAUAACAUGCAGAGAUAGUCAUCUGUUGAGAACACAUCAAGUGAAUGAUAUCUGUAAGGUUGAGCAGCUUGAAACUACUGAAGCUUUGCAACUCUUUAGUUUGUCAGCCUUCAAGCAAACCCAUCCAAGGGAGAAUUACAAGGAUCUAUCUAUGGACUUUGUGAAUUAUGCUCAAGGCCUUCCUUUAGCUCUAAAAGUUUUAGGUUCCUUCUUAUUUGGGAGAACAAUAAAUGCCUGGAAAAGUGCUAGGGAUCAACUAGAUACAAUUCCUAAAACAGAAAUCAUGAAUAUACUUCAAAUAAGUUUUGAGGGGCUGGAGGAUUUGCAGAAAGGGUUGUUCUUGGAUUUGGCAUGUUUGUUUCAAGGACAGUGGCUAGCAGAUAACAUAUUUUUGCAGACAUUAGAAAGUUUUGGUUAUUAUCCCUGCGUCAACAUUGACGUUCUCAUUGACAACUCCCUCGUAAGCAUCUCAAAUGGAAUGUUGUUCAUGCAUGAUUUGCUACAAAAAAUGGGCCAGGAAAUAGUUCGUCGCGAAUGCCUUGAAGAACCUGGACGACGUAGUAGAUUGUGUCGUCACGAGAAUGUCUUUCAUGUAUUGAAGAAUAAUACUGGUACUGAUGCAAUUGAAGGCAUAGUCCUGGAUUUUUGCCCUGAAACGAAUGAUAGAUUCAACACCAAAGCAUUCUCAAAGAUGAGGAAAUUGAGAUUUCUAAAAAUCCAUCAUUCUCCAACUAUAGAAUGGUGUGGAGAUCCUUUUGAAUUCAUGCCAACCUAUGAGUACUUGCGAUUCCUAGACUGGGUUGGAUAUCCGUGGAAAUCCUUGCCGAGCAGUUUUCAACUAAAAAAUCUUACUGUACUAAGCAUGCCUUGCAGCCGCAUCAAACGACUAUGGAAGGGGUUGAUGGUUUUAGACAAUUUGAAGUACAUUGAUCUAAGUUAUUCUAGGAACUUGAUUGAAAUACCAGAUUUGACAGGAGCCCCAAAUCUUGAGAAAAUAUUCCUUCCCGGUUGUAGAAGCUUGUGUAAGAAUGUUCAAGACUAG